CCAAUCAGGUUCCUCCCUACCUCAGAUCGCAGCUAUAAUACAUAGGAGUAAAGAGUCUUCUCGCAUAAGUGACUGUGGCUUCAACGUUGUGUUUUCGAGGUCAGUCUUACCUUUCCCACAUUCGCGCCGCAAACCUCCGAUGCGUUCCGUUAUCACACGUGCAUUUCCGCACCUGUCACGGUAGGGGCACGCUCUGAGGGACGCGCGUGAACUGAACCGGAGGAGGAGACGGCAAGGACAUCGCAGGAGAUCCGCGCAGUGAGAACGCAGCGCGAGAUAUCCUGGUCGGACCGGACGGACGCUCCGUAGAACACCGCAGCCCAGGAUUCGUGCGACAUUCACCGGGCCAGAAUGCGGUUUAUGACGAGAGUGGCGCUGGUGUCUCUUGUCAGUCUGUCCUUGGUGCUGUCCGGACUGGCCUGCGGUCCUGGCAGAGGCUACGGCAGAAGAAGACAUCCGAAGAAACUGACACCUCUCUCUUACAAGCAGUUCAUACCUAAUGUCGCGGAAAAGACCUUAGGGGCCAGUGGCAGAUACGAGGGCAAGAUCACGCGAAAUUCGGAGAGAUUUAAAGAACUUACUCCAAAUUACAAUCCCGACAUUAUCUUUAAGGAUGAGGAGAACACAGGCGCGGACAGACUCAUGACACAGAGAUGCAAAGACAAGCUGAACUCACUGGCCAUCUCUGUAAUGAACCAGUGGCCAGGGGUUAAGCUGCGUGUAACAGAGGGCUGGGAUGAGGAUGGUCAUCAUUUUGAAGAAUCACUCCACUACGAGGGAAGAGCUGUUGAUAUCACCACGUCUGAUCGAGACAAGAGCAAAUAUGGGACACUCUCUCGUUUAGCUGUGGAGGCUGGAUUUGACUGGGUCUAUUAUGAGUCCAAAGCCCACAUCCAUUGCUCUGUCAAAGCAGAAAACUCGGUUGCCGCAAAAUCUGGAGGCUGCUUCCCGGGGUCGGCUUUGGUCACGAUGAAAGACGGAGGACAGAAGCCCCUGAGAGACCUGAACCCCGGUGACAAGGUGCUGGCGGCGGACAGCGCGGGAAACCUCGUGUACAGUGACUUCAUCAUGUUCACGGACCGAGACUCGACGACGCGACGUGUUUUUUACGUCAUAGAAACUAAAGAACCCGUUGAAAAGAUCACCCUCACCGCAGCUCACCUCCUGUUUGUCCUCGACAACUCAACGGAUGAUCUCCACACCAUGAACGCCGCGUUUGCCAGCAGUGUCAAUCCUGGACAAAAGGUGAUGGUUGUUGAUGAAAGCGGUCAACUUAAAUCUGUCAUCGUCGACCGGAUAUACACGGAGGAGCACCAGGGCUCGUUCGCACCAGUGACUGCUGAUGGAACCAUUGUCGUCGACCGAGUACUGGCGUCUUGUUACGCGGUAAUAGAGGACCACUGUCUCGCGCAUUUGGCCUUCGCGCCAGUCAGACUAUAUUAUGACGUGUCAUCAGUAAUAUUUUCAGAAGACUUCAUCAAUCAGUCCGAUGCGACUUUACAACAAGAGGGAGUCCACUGGUACUCUAAGCUCCUUUAUCAAAUGGGAACGUGGCUUUUGGAUGGUCACAUGCUUCAUCCUUUGGGGAUGUCAGUAAACUCGAGCUGAAAACCCUCAUAUGGAAAUAAAACGAGAAAUCACACUGAUGUAGGAUAUAAGACAAUAUUAGUACGAGAGAGAGAGAGUGAAAGAGAGAGAGAGAGAGAGAGAGAGAGAGAGAGAGAGAGAGAGAGAGAGAGAGAGAGAGACAAAGUUCCCGAGCAAGGGUGGUAUAUUUAUUACAAUGACUUGAAAAUGUGUCAUUUUCAAAGAAUAAAUGGAGCCUUAAAAGUUUUCUUUGCAUAAUUUAUUCUCGCGUGAACUCAGGCUGGUGGCACACAUCGGAUUCUAAUGCAGUGUGACCAGUCGAUGGUGCAGAAUCUAUUUUUGUAUGUCUCAUGUAAACAGAAAAAAAAAGUGAUACUGCAAGAAAAAAGAGAGGAAAAAACUUUCAUGACAGGCUGUAGUGUGCAACUGACUGUUAUAUUUUAGGGGUAAGCAAACGCCGUGGGACUCCAGAAAUUAUAUUUUUAUACACAGAAUUGUACAUUAGAUUUUGACUGAUCGUUACCUAAUCACUUUUCGUUAUUUGAAAUAGUGUAAGAUACGAGAAUAUAUUUUAAUUUAAAUAGAUGCAGAGUCUUGUGCUGUUUUCUGUUUUAGAAUUUUCUAUUAUUUUGUCAUUGGUUUUGUUGUCAGAGUUGGAAAAAUUCACAGUUUUCUCUGUUUUCAUUGUUUCCUGAUGUAAUUUGUGUUUUUGAGAAAAUACGAAAUGCACAUUCUGACAAUUCAGUGACGAAAAUUGUCCCAUAGUAGCCUACAAAGCAAACUGUUCCGUUAAAUAACAUAAGUAUCUACUGUACAUUUACUAAAACUGUAUAAUUAUUAUUUUAAUUUUUUUUCUUCAUAUUUUGUAAUAGGUAAAUAGUUUUAUAGAAAUAAAAUGCAACUGAUGCACAGUUUGGAUAGCAUAUGAUUGAGUGGCCAUACUUAGCCGACCUUUCAUUAAGGCAAGGUGUCAGGAAAUGUAUAUAAUUUAUAAUUUAUAUGUUUAUUAUCAAACGAGAUAAAGAAAAUAUUCAAACUGCUCGCUGGUAUGUUUUUGUUUCAAGAAUGUCCUUUGAUAACGCAUAAAUCGAAUGCUGGCCUGCCUGUAAUCUUAAUAACCAAGAAUGGCAGGUUAUUAAUGCUUAUAAAUAUUAUUUUAUUAUUUAUGUUAUUUAAAUGGCUGUCUCAGUGGCUGUUUAUUAAAAUAUG